AUGGAUCUUCCAAAUACAAAAUUUAAUAAUAAUAAUAAUAUAAUGUUAUCUAUACAGCAAGGUGACGAUAUAAUAAAUCAUGACCAAACUUUUUUAAUUUCUUUCCAACAACAAGAAGAUCAUAAACCUGAUCUUCUAAUUGAUCAUGAACAUGUAAUUUCCAGGGUGGAUGACAGGGGCAAAAGUAGUAUAAAUAAUACUUGGGGCGCCAUGAGAAGAAAAAACAGGAAAGAGGCAGGAAACUGUAAAUCUAAUAAUAAUAAUAAUAAUAAUAAUCUAAUUGCGGGUGGUGGUGGAGAUGGAGAGGAUGAUAACCAGACACAGAAGAAAAUGGUUCAUAGAGAGAUCGAAAAGCGGCGGAGACAACAAAUGGCUCAACUUUAUGCUACCCUUAGAGAUUUACUGCCUCUUAAACUUGUCAAGGGAAACCGUUCGAUAUCAGAUCAUAUGCACCAGGCAGUGCAUUACAUUAAACAAAUGGAGGAAAACAUAAAAGAUCUAUCUAUCAAGAGGGACAAGCUCAAGAAAUCCUCAGAUCCUAAUAACGAAAGCUCAAUGAAUUACCUUCCUAAUAAUACGGUUUCAGUCAAAUUUUGUGAAGGGGGAAUCGAGAUUCUAAUCAACAGUUGCUCGAUACAGGAUGGGUUCACCCUUUCAAGAGUACUAAAAGCGCUUGUAGUAGAAGGUUUUAGUGUUACAAAUUGCACUCUUACUGAAGUAAACAACCGGUUACUUCAUUCUAUUCGGUGUGAGGCAAGUGAUCUGGCGCUUGUUGAUCUAUCAAUGUUGCAACAAAGACUCUUCUCCGCGGCCAAUACUCAGAUCAACUUUGAAUAG